AUUCCUCGCAGGCGUUUGGGUUCCCUGGUAUAUCUUGACGUUGGAUUCCAUGUUUAUUUCGAUGGUAAACUUUGCUACUGCAAGAGCUGGCAUCUUGGGAUACAAAUUUGAACAUUUCGAGAAAUAUAGUGAUGGUAAGAGUGAAUCGAUAUUCUAUUGCUUGCGAAAUAUUGUUCUGGAACACCAGGAUCUGAUCAGAUACGUUGGAAGAGUCAAUGAUGCCUUGAAAUGGUACUUCCUUGGAGAAUUUGUGGUCAAAUCUUAUCAUAUAACAGUGACGCUCUCGAACGUGCUUGAAGCAACCAAUUGGAGAGAUUUAAUUUAUUACAUUCCCUUUAUGUUAUCGGUAGUUGUUCAAGUUUUUGUGAUUUACUAUCAUGUCAAUGAGUUAUUUUUGAAGAGCACAAAUUUGGGCAUGAGAAUAUACAAGGGCAAUUGGUAUGACCAAACUUCUGAAGUGACGAAGAGUCUUUUGAUUGUGAUGUCCAGAGUGCAAAGACCAUUUGUACUCAGUAUCGGCAAUUUUCGAGUGAUCGACAAUGAUCUGUUAGUGAGCAUGACCCAAGCUGCUUAUACGUUCGUAUUGUAUCAGAUGAUUUAGACGUUUUCAAAAAAUGAGGAAGUUUCCUUCUAUUGACUUCAUCAACUUAGUUUUACACUGAUCGGUUUCAGUUUAUGCAAUGUAGAAUGCCUAAUGGGGUCAAUUAUGCUUUCGAAUUAGUGCAAUUUAGUGCAUUUAGUGAUUUUCAGGUUGCAAAGAAGUACUCGAUGAAUCUGUCGAUGAAUCUAGUAUGAAUAUAUAUAUAGGGUCCACAACAGCCUAGACAGCUUCGUGUCAAAUUCAGUACCAAUGUAUAUGAGGAAUGUCUAAGGCAUUGUAUAAUGUAGUAUCACCGCAAGUUCACUGCUGAAAAAACAUAAUUCACUUACUUAUAAGCUUGAUGAAUAUACUUCUAACACCAG